AUGGCAGUGAAUGAAUGGAUAAACGGGUAUUUAGAGGCGAUAUUGGACAGUAAAUCGUCGAAUAUAGACGAGAACAAGGAGAAUUUGCGCGGACAAGGCCAUUUUAAUCCUACAAAAUAUUUUGUUGAAGAAGUUGUUACAGGAGUCGACGAGACUGAUCUGCAUCGGACAUGGAUCAAGGUUGUUGCCACCAGAAACACCCGAGAAAGGAGUUCUCGACUCGAGAAUAUGUGUUGGCGUAUAUGGCAUCUCACUCGCAAGAAGAAACAGUUGGAAUGGGAAGAUUAUCAACGGGAUGCAAAGCGGAAAUUCGAAAGAGAACAAGGGCGCAUCGACGUAAGGGAGGACAUGUCAGAAGACAUGUUAGAAUCAGAGAAAGGAGAUAUUGGGGAUUUAGGUGAGAGCCCAAAUAAGACUUACCAACACAAUGCUUCUAACUUGGAAACUUGGUCAGAUGAUAGAAAAGAGAAGAAGCUUUACAUUGUCCUCAUAAGUUUGCACGGUUUGGUUCGUGGAGAAAAUAUGGAGCUCGGUCGUGAUUCUGAUACAGGUGGUCAGAUCAAGUAUGUUGUCGAGCUUGCUCGAGCACUAGCUAAGACACCGGGGGUGUAUAGAGUCGAUCUUUUCACCCGCCAGGUGUCGUCACCAGAAGUAGAUUGGAGCUAUGGAGAACCCACCGAGAUGUUGACAGCAGGCUCGGAUGACCCUGAUGACGAAGUUGGUGAAAGCAGUGGGGCUUAUAUCAUACGGAUACCAUUCGGCCCUCGUGACAAGUACCUUAGAAAAGAACUACUUUGGCAUCAUAUCCAAGAAUUCGUAGACGGUGCACUUGCUCACAUUCUCAACAUGUCCACAGCGUUGGGUGAACAAAUCGGCGGGGGGCACCCGGUUUGGCCGUAUGUGAUUCACGGUCAUUAUGCAGACGCGGGUGAUAGUGCCGCUAUACUUUCCGGUGCGCUUAACGUUCCCAUGGUUUUAACCGGGCAUUCGCUUGGUAGAAACAAGCUAGAACAACUUCUUAAGCAGGGUAGGCAGUCGAAAGAAGAUAUUAAUUCGACUUACAGGAUUAUGAGGAGGAUUGAAGCAGAAGAGCUUUCGUUGGAUGCCGCUGAACUUGUGAUUACGAGCACUAGACAAGAAAUUGAUGAACAAUGGGGUUUGUAUGACGGGUUUGAUGUCAAGCUUGAGAAAGUUUUACGGGCUCGUUCCAGACAAGGUGUUGAUUGUCAUGGUAGAUUUAUGCCGAGGAUGGCGGUGAUUCCUCCUGGGAUGGAUUUCAGCAGGGUCAUUCAAGAAGCGAAUGAGGCUGAUGGGGAUCCGCCAUUAACGAACACAGAAGGGUCUUCUCCGAAAACAGUGCCAGCAAUAUGGUCAGAAGUUAUGCGGUUUUUGACAAAUCCACACAAACCGAUGAUAUUGGCAUUGUCGAGACCUGAUCCAAAGAAAAACCUUACUACCCUUUUGAAGGCUUUUGGAGAAUGUCACUCUUUGAGAGAGCUUGCUAAUCUUACACUUAUAAUGGGGAAUAGAGAUGAUAUAGACGAGAUGACUGCUGGAAACGCUUGUGUGCUUACAACCGUACUGAAACUGGUGGACAAAUAUGAUCUUUAUGGUCAAGUGGCAUUCCCGAAGCAUCACAAGCAAAACGAUGUUCCAGAAAUCUACCGUCUUGCAGCCAAAACUAAGGGUGUUUUUAUAAAUCCUGCUUUGGUGGAACCUUUUGGGCUUACGUUGAUUGAGGCUGCAGCUCAUGGACUUCCUAUGGUAGCAACUAAAAAUGGCGGUCCGGUUGAUAUUCAUAGAGCACUGAACAACGGGCUGCUCGUAGACCCCCAUGAUCAACAAGGAAUAUCCAACGCGCUACUUAAACUACUAUCCGAGAAGACUUUGUGGCAAGAGUGCCAGAAAAGUGGUUGGAGAAACAUACAUCUAUUCUCAUGGCCCGAACACUGUCACACUUAUCUAACGCGCAUUGCAUCAUGUCGCAUGAGACAUCCUGCAUGGAAAACCGACACCCCUGCAGAUGGAAUGCCAAAAGAAGAAUCCUUAAACGACUCACUCCGAGACGUGCAAGAUGCAUCGUUACUCUUAUCUAUAGAUGCAGAUAAAUCUUAUUCAAUUAACGACUCGUCGGAUGGUGGGGGAGAUAUUCAAGAUCAAGUGACGAGAGUAAUGAGCAAGAUGAAAAAACCUCAAUCGUCCGAUAAAGUCGGUGAGAUGAAUAAUAAUAGUAAGUAUCCGGCGUUGAGGAAGAGACGAAAGUUGAUUGUUAUAGCGGUUGACUGUUACGACAACAAAGGAGAACCGGAAAAAGCUAUGAUUAGUGUUAUACAAGAGACGUUUAACGCGAUAAAAGUUGACGCGCAAUGGGGAAAAGGGGUAGGUGUUGCUAUAUCCACAGCCAUGCCGUUAUCCGAACUAGUGGAUUUCUUGAAAAAAGGGAAUAUUAAGGUGCAUGACUUUGAUGCUGUGGUUUGUAGUAGUGGAAGUGAAGUUUAUUAUCCGGGUACUUGUGAAGAAAACGACGAACUCUACCCGGAUCCUGAUUACGCAACACAUGUUGAGUACAGAUGGGGUUCUGAUGGUAUCAAAAAAACCGUUUGGAAACUGAUGAAUACGCCUGAAGAUAAAGACGGGAAAUCUGGCAAACCUUCAAAGGUGAUUGAAGAAGAUGUGAGAUCUAGCAACUCUCAUUGCCUAUCUUUUCUGAUUAAAGACGUCGAAAAGGCAAGGAAAGUGGAUGAUUUAAGACAAAAGUUUAGAAUGAGGGGUCUAAGGUGCCAUCUUAUGUAUUGUAGAAACUCUACAAGAAUGCAAGUGAUUCCUCUCCUAGCCUCUCGAGCACAGGCGCUAAGGUUUUUCUUCGUUCGUUGGAGAUUAAAUGUUGCGAAUAUGUAUGUGCUCCUUGGUGAAACCGGUGACACGGAUUACGAAGAACUCAUGUCAGGGACCCACAAGACGCUAAUUCUAAAAGGAAUUGUCAAGACAGGUUCUGAAGAGUUGCUUAGAACCAGUGGUAGCUACUAUAAGGAGGACAUAGUUCCUGGAGAGAGCCCGCGCAUCGCCUAUACUAAUGCAACUAAAGCCGAAGAUAUUGCAAGUGCACUAAUUGGGCUUUCUAAAUGUGAUACAUAAAUAUUUGAUGUUAAUUACUUAUCUUUAAUUAUUCUCAAACCUGUUAUAGCCUUUGGUGAUGGAUGCUAAACGCGAUAAUAACAUGUAUCGGUAGUGUCUUA